UCGCGCUCACGUACGGCACUGACGCGGUGAUUCCUAUUAAGACAACAACCCAAACGUACAGAAUCACAAUGUACGACGGAGAAGCCAAUGAAGAGGCGCGCCUUCUUGACCUCGAGCUAGCGCAGGAAAGACGCGAGUUAGCAGCCAUCAAGCUCGCAGCAACAAAGGAACAGGUAGCUAAGUACUACAACGCCAAGCUGGUCCCCCACAAGCUCAACCUCGGAGACCAAGUGUUAAGGCGGAACUUCCGCCCAGACCCCAAACACGGGAAACUCGCGUCGGCAUGGGAGGGCCCGUACCUGAUCCGCGAAGUAGUGGGCGCUAGCACCUUUAAGCUCAGCGAAUUGGGGGGCACGAAAAUUCCAAGAACGUGGAACGCGCAGAACCUUAGGAGGUACUAUUGUCCAGCUUAAUAUGUAUUUGGUCACGAUGGUACCUUUACAUAGUGGAAUAAAACUAAAAGGUCGAA